UGAGAGAACGCGGCGAGCGAUUCAUCAUGUAUGUGUCAUUUCUGGCACUGUCUCCUUAGAUCAGAGCACUUGCGGCGGAAUCCGGGGCGGCAUUGCGCGUAUGGCUGGGAUUCUCGAAGGUAUCUGGGAAAUCACUUCGAGGUAGAGGAUUUCCAGGACCAGGAGGGAGGAUCGCGCACACAGGAGCUUCUCACCGCAUUGAAGGCAUGCAGCAGCGCCAGGGAUCUCGACAUCGCCCGGGCGAUCCAUGCCCGCGCCCUUCACACUGGGCAUUUCGGCAAUGUGUACGUGGCCAACACGGCCGUGGACAUGUUCGCGAGCUGUGGAAGCCUGGCGGAGGCCCGCGGCGUUUUCGACCGGAUGCCGUGCCACAGCGUGGUGUCCUGGAACGCUUUGAUCCUCGGCUACGCACAGCACGGGGUGAAGGAGGCGGCAUUGGCAUUGGAUUUGUUCCGGGGCAUGGAAGCUGAGCCGGAUCGCCGGACUUUCGUGGCGGCUCUCAAGGCUUGCAGCACCUUGGCAGCGAGCAGCGAAUCCAGCAAGCUCGGGGCCCUGGAAAUCGGCAUGGCGACGCACUCUCAAGCUAUCAAGGCUGGAUGCGAUGCUUUCAACUACGUCGCGAACACUAUGGUGGAUAUGUAUGCCAACUGCGGGAGCAUGGCCGAUGCUCGCAAGGUCUUUGACAGGAUGGAGAGCUGGGACGUGGUGUCCUGGAAUGCGCUGCUGCUGGGCUAUGCCGAGAAUGAGGAAGAGCUCGCUUUGAGGGUCUUCUCGUGCAUGGCAUCGAUCGAGGAUGCUCCGCAAAAUCACCUGACUUUCGUGGCGGCGAUCAAAGCCUGCACGAAUUUGGCGCCCAAGGAGAAGGGGAGAAAAGUUGAUGGGAGGCUUCUCAAGGUGGCGGCUCUGGAGAGAGCCAGUGAUCUUCAUGCCCAAGCUACCGCGAGCGGUCACGAGAGAAACGCUAAAGUGGCCGGUGCUUUGGUCGACAUGUAUGCGAAGUGUGGGAGCAUGGUGGCUGCUCGUCGCGUCUUUGAGAAGUUUUCGCCCCUGGACGUGGCGCUGUGGAACAUUUUGAUGCUGGGCUACGCGGACAACAAGGAAGCCGAGCUGGCUUUGGAGGUUUUCGAGAGUAUGAAGGCACAGGGCUUUACACCCAACUCCAGGACGUUUGUGGCGGUGCUCAAGGCUUGCACCAGCCUAGCAGCAAAAGAAGAAGGGAGAAGCCUGAACGGGAAGGUGGUGAAGCUUGCCUGCUUAGAGAAAGGUGUAGCCAUCCACAGGCAAGCUUUGGAGCUUGGCUGCGACGGUGAUAUCUAUCUAGCAAGCACGCUGGUGGACCUUUACGCGAAAUGUGGGAGCUUAACAGAUGCUCGCAAGGUGUUCGAUGCAAUGCUUCGCCGGAAUGAGGUCUCCUGGAACGCACUGAUACAGGGGUACGUUGAGAGCAACGAGGCGGAGGGAGCUCUGGCGCUUUUUUCAGAAAUGAGAACUUCCACCUGUGCGCCGGACGCUCUAAGUUUUGUGGCGGCCAUUAAGGCAUGCACCGCUCUGGGUGCUGAAGAGCUUGGCAAACAGCAACCCGACGGCAAGCUCGUGAAGGUGGUGUCGUUGGAAAAAGGCAGGGCAGUUCACGAUCAAGCUAGAAAUUCCGGCUGGGACGCCAACACCUUCGUCAGGAAUUCGCUGGUGGACAUGUACGCAAAGUGUGGCAGCCUGGAAGACGCACGCAGGCUCUUGGACGGGAUACCUGGUUGCGAUGCGGUCUCCAAAACAGCUCUCAUGCAGGGGUAUGCCGAGAGUGGAGACGGAGAGCUUGCGCUGGAAAUCUUCUGGGCUAUGGAGUCGAGAGACGCACUAGCGUUUGCAGCAGCUCUCAAGGCCUGCGGAAGUAUAGCAGCUCUGGAACCCGGUAGACGGAUCCAUGCAGAAGCGUGCAGGGUAGACUUCGGACGGGAUUCACUGGUACCAAACGGCGUAGUGGAUUUCUAUGCAAAGUGCGGGAGCAUGGACGCUGCUCAGCACGCCUUCGACUCGCUCCAGAGCAGAGACUCUGUGAACUUCACGGCACUGAUCGCGGGGUACAGUCACCAGGGAGACAGCAGCGCAGUGUUCGAUCUCUUCCAUGCCAUGGAAGACGAGGGCUGCGACGCAAACGCAGUGACCUUCGUCAGCCUCCUCACGGCUUGCAGCCGAGCAGGGCUGGUGCGCAACGGACAGAGCUAUUUCAGCGCGAUGGCGGCCAAGUUUGGAGUGAGGCCGGGGCUGGAGCACUACGUGUGCAUGGUGGACAUGCUGGCCCGCUCGAAUCACCUGUCGCAAGCGCUGGCGAUGGUGGAGGGGAUGCCGUUCCAGCCCAACACGGUGCUGUGGACGUCGGUACUGGCAGCCUGCUGGAAGUGGAAGAAUGUGGAGGUGGGAAAGGUGGCGUUUGACGCGUUGGUCCGGCUGGAUGAGAACGAAAGCGCGGCUUACUUGCUCAUGGCCAACAUCUAUGGAAGCUGCGGUCUGUGGGAGGAGCGUGCCAGAGUUCUGGAAGCGGCUACAGGAAAACAGGUUCCCAGGUUGUGCCAGGAAUUUGGAAGCAACUAGAGAGAUAGGAUGGGACCGACUGAUGACGGAGGGGCUGAUGGUCAUCGAAAAGAAUGAAUGAAAGCUCCAACUUUGGAGUCAGGGAAGGGAUGGGCUGAUGAUCAUCGAAGCAGGAAGAAUGAAAGCUAUGAAAGCUCGAACUUUGGAAUCAGGGAGGGGCUGCAGGAAGAACGAAAGCUACAAAAGCUCCAACUUUGGAGUCACUGGAAAGACAAGAACAACAGGGGAGACAAGAACGAACGCAGCGGAGAAUGGAAGUCAGGAACAAUGGUAUUACAGACAAGGGAGCAGAAUUAUACAGAUAAAUGAGGAGAUCAUCCACCA